UUAUUAUAAGGAAAUAGCAGCGAAUGGAUAAUUAAAGUGUUCAAUUGAAUUCAUUUAAAUCAUUCAGUUUAAAAAAAAGAAAUUUUUUGGAGAGUGCUGUCAUGCUUUGACCUAACCUUAUUAACAUAUUCAUCUUCUGACAACGGUUUGUCUCCUAUUCUCCUAAAAAGGAUAUUGUGGCGUAUAAAAGGCUGUUAAGAUUGAAUUAUUUGUAUUAAAGUUUAUUUAAACAAAUUUGGAAGUUGCUUAAAACGUUUGUAACGUCAGGAAUUCACUAUGGCGAGUAGAGCUGCACCACCCAGAAGGACCUCAGAUAAUGAUUCUGCAAUAGCUUAUGUACAAGCUGAUGGCUUGGCCGUGAUGAAAAUUGUAAAACAUUGCCACGAAGAAACCUCUGGGAACAUGGAUAUUGCUCAAGGAGCACUAUUAGGAUUGGUAGUAAAAAACCGUUUAGAAAUAACUAAUUGUUUUCCAUUUCCCAAACAUACUGAUGAUACAGUAGAUGAAGAAGAGUAUCAGUUAGCAAUGAUGCGUAGAUUAAGACGUGUUAAUGUCGAUCAUUUUCAUGUAGGCUGGUAUCAGAGUGCAGACGUUGGAAAUUUCCUUAGUCUUCCUCUAUUAGAGUCACAAUAUCAUUACCAAACAUCAAUUGAGGAAUCAGUGGUGGUUAUUUAUGAUUCACAAAAGUCGUCUCGCGGAUUUUUAACGUUAAAAGCAUACCGUUUGACUCCUCAGGCAAUAGAAAUGUACAAGGAGGGCGAGUUUACCCCUGAACAACUUGUUAAAUUAAAAGUUGGUUUUGAAAAUUUGUUCGUGGAAGUUCCAUUUUUGAUAAAGAACUCUGCCCUGACAAAUAUAAUGAUGUCUGAGUUAACUGAGAUGGUUCCUGAAGAAAAAGGCUCUAAAUUUUUAGACCUUGGUACUGCAUCUGUACUAGAAGGACAACUAAGAUGUUUAAUGGAUCGUGUAGACGAAUUAAAUCAAGAAGCAAUCAAAUUUAAUCGUUAUCAACAGUUGGUUAACAGGCAACAGCAAGAUAAACAUCGUUGGUUGCAAAAGCGCGCUCAAGAAAAUGCCGCAAGAGCUGCCAAAGGUGAACCUCCUUUGCCAGAAGAGGAUAUCAAUAAACUAUUCAGACCUCAUUCUGUACCUCCUAGGCUUAAUCCUAUGCUUACUGCAGGACAAAUUAAUACUUAUAGUCAACAUAUUUCUCAAUUCUGUUCUCAGUCUCUCGCAAAAUUGUAUAUUACUCAAGCUUUGCAAAACGCCAAGGAAACUAAAUCUACAUUAUAAUUUAUAGAUUUUGUACUUGUGCAUUUGAUUUAUACAAAUAAAUAAAUAUAACCUUGA